AUGCAAGAUUAUAAUAUUUGUAAUAUAAUUCUAUUCCUAGAAGAAAAGCUUUGUAAUAUUUGGCAAUAUGAUCAAAGCCAUGAAAGGUCUGUUAAAACUACAUAUGUAGAUAUGCACAUUGAUGUGUUUGAAGAAGAAGAAGAACUAUUCCACAUACCUGAAGCAACCACUUUACUGCAGGAAAACAAUGGAUUCUUACCUCCAAUGAUUAAAGGACAUGAUAAACAUUUUUUAAAUCCAAUUUAUAUUCUUGAACACUUCAAUCAAGUUAAAAUUCUAUUCUAUGACAAAUACUAUUCAACUAUUUUAGAGGAAAUGCAUCAACGUUUGUGUUGUUCAGAAUAUGGAAAGUAUUUUCCUACCUUGACCUUUGUUCAAAAACAUAAACAGUCUCAACACACUGCUCAGCAAUACUUGAGUUUAUAUACUCUCAACCUUAUAUGCUUAUAG